AUGCCUAAUUGCUGUGUUGAAGGUUGCAAUAACAAUCCUAAAAAUGCUGGUGGUUCGUUGCAUUCAUUUCCGAAGAAAGAACUACAGCCAGCUCUAUACAAAGCGUGGAAAAGUCGCAAAAAAUUUCAAUCCCAAUCAUCACCAUGUGUGCCACUAAUAUUCACGGAAGCGGUCCAAGGAGAUCCAGUGUUUCUACCGUGUGAUAUAUCAAUGCCCGAACCUAGUGAUAAAGUUCUAUUAGUGUUGUGGUACCGUGAGGAUUUAGGAACUCCAAUUUACAGUAUCGACGGUAGAGAACGUGACUUUUCAAUUGCGGAACGAUGGUCGGACGAAAAAGUGUUCUCGAACAGAGCGUAUUUUUUACAAGACAAACAACCAGCUGAAUUGGGUAUCGACCAUGUUCGGGAAUCGGACCAAGCCGUGUACAGGUGUCGGGUGGAUUUUAAAAUAGGCCAAACGAGAAAUAGCCGAGUCAAUUUAACAGUGAUUGCAGUUGCAUCAGAAGAACUUCCAGACUUAUCAAACACUUCAAAUCCUUCCUUGAGGAACACUAGCAACUAG